GUGAGCGGCAAGAGAGAAGAAGAGUAAUAGUCUAAGAGACAUACAUUAGGAGAAGGUAUGGAGAACAGGAAGGAAACAAGAGGUAUCGAUAAGCUAGAAGUUGCUAGAAAAGACAACGAGAAUAACGAAAUCAACUACAUGGGAUUCAAGGCAAUGCCUUUCAUCAUAGGAAAUGAAACAUUCGAGAGGCUAGGAACGAUUGGUACCUUGUCAAACCUCUUGUUGUACCUCACCUCCAUCUUCAACAUGAAGCCCAUUACUGCAACCAUGAUAAUCAAUGUCUUCUUUGGAACCUCGAAUUUGGGAACCUUGGUUGGAGCUUUCCUCUCCGAUACCUACUUUGGUCGGUACAAGACACUCAAAUUUGCAACAUUCACCUCAUUUAUGGGUUUGCUAAUGAUAGCUCUUACAGCAACGAUCAAGCAGCUGCACCCACCCCACUGUGGAGUCAAUGAGUCUUCUUGUACAGCGCCAACCACAUGGCAGAUGGUAUUUUUACUCGGUGGAUUUGGACUGAUGAUAGUAGGAGCAGGAGGUAUUAGGCCGUGCAACUUGGCCUUCGGAGCUGACCAAUUUAAUCCUAAUACUGAGUCAGGAAAGAAAGGGAUAAACAGCUUUUUCAACUGGUACUUCCUCAGCUUUAGCUUUGCAGUUAUGGUGACGCUGACAUUGAUCGUGUACAUACAGACCAAUGUAAGCUGGGCGAUUGGAUUGGGGAUUCCCGCAGGUCUUAUGCUGGUCGCUUACGUGGUGUAUCUAAUGGGUUCUAAGCUAUAUGUGAAGAUGAAACCACAGGGCAGUCCAAUGACUAGUGUGGUUCAAGUCAUAGUAGUUGCUGUUAAGAAAAGGAAGCUAAAAGUACCUGACUGGAAAUGGGUUACUCUGUUUGAUUAUGUUCCUCCUGGUUCCCUCAAUUCCAAACUCCUCCAGACACAUCAAUUCAGGUUUCUUGACAAGGCAGCAAUCAUCACCCCGGAUGAUAAUAUAAACUCAGAUGGAUCAGCUACAUGUCCGUGGAAGCUCUGCUCAAUCCAGCAGGUAGAAGAGGUGAAGUGUUUGUUUAGGGUUCUUCCAGUAUGGGCAUCAGCUAUUACUUUCAAUGUUGCAAUAUUGCAACACUACACUUUUGCAGUAUUCCAAGCUCUGCAGUCAGACAGGCACCUAACUGGCAAUAGCAGUUUCCAGGUCCCUGCUGCGUCCUAUGUGAUCUUUUUUAUGUUGGCUGUCACCCUUUGUUUAGCCAUCUAUGACAGAGUACUUGUUCCUCUUCUUCAGAGAAUCACAGGAAAAGAAUGUGGCAUCACGAUCCUUCAAAGGAUGGGCACCGGUAUAUCUUUCUCCGUACUUUCAAUGAUAGUUUCAGCUCUGAUUGAGCAUAAAAGAAGAACCAUCGCUCUUACAAGACCAACACUAGGGCAUCUUCCUAGAAAAGGUUCCAUUUCCUCCAUGUCAGCAUUAUGGCUAAUUCCUCAGCUAACCAUAGCAGGAAUAGGCGAAGCAUUCAUGGCAGUUGGGCAAAUGGAAUUUUACUACAAAGAGUUCCCGGAGAAUAUGAGAAGCAUUGGUGGAUCGUUAUAUUAUUGCGGUAUAGCAAUGUCGAGCUACUUGAGCAGCUUUCUGGUAACUGCUGUUCAUCAGUUGACAGAGAAGCGAGGAAAACAGAACUGGCUGCCAGAUGAUCUUAACAAAGGAAGAUUAGAUUACUUCUAUUAUUUGUUAGCAGCUUUGAGUACCUUGAAUUUUGCCUACUUUUUAACAGUUUCAAUGUGGUACAAAUACAAAGAUAACAACAACUGGAGGCCAGGAACAGAUGUAGAAUCUACAACUUCCACAAAUUUCCAUCUCCAGAAAUCAGUAAAUGAGCAGGCAGAAGAGAAUAGGUAAGACUUACGGCCCGGUUGGUAGCCAGC